CGAUUCAGUACUUAUAGAAGCAAGUCCCUUUAGAAAGACUGGAGCAAACCAAACAGGGUGUAGCAGCUGAUCUGCGCCCACUGGGACUGCCAUUCAAAUUCCAAUUGACUUCCCCAGAUUUCGAAAUGUCACCAUCUAUGUCUGAACGUCAUCCAAACUCUAUCAAAAAACACAUACUCCUACAAAUUCUAAACCCUUCCUCUACUUCUUUUUUGGCUUUUAGUAGAAAGGAAUUACAAGCCACUUCAACAUACCUAUUUUGCAUCUCAAUUUCAUCAAAAACUUCACUUUGGGAAAUAUGGAUAAAUUGAAACUCUGUUGUCUCUGUUACUCUCUCAGAAGAUUUUGAGCUCUAGGGUUUGUGGGAAAUGUUGGUCCUAAGCAUGAAUUCAAAGAGGCAAAGGCGCCCAAAUGUUAGGUUAGGGGAAAUAGGAGAUGUCUCGGCUGCUUUUGCUUGUGGUUUUCCUCAGAAAACUAGGGCAAAUUUGGGGGAGAAGAGGUGGAAACAUGAUUUUCUGAUUCAUGAAGAAUCAGAAUACAAUCCAAUUUGUGGGUUUUCUCUGCAAAAUCCAUCCAAAGUCACAGUUUCAAAUCCUGGUGUCCCUCAAAUGAUUUCAACCGAUAUGCAACAUAAUAACAGAGAGAAUAAUAACCCAAACUCUUUGAAACCGGUUCUUGAAUUUGUCAGUUCGGAUAAAAUUGGUGCUUGUAAGUCAAAUCUGGAUUUCGGAACCAUAACCCGAAAGUGUAGGGUAAUGAAGCGACGAAGGCGGUUCAUUGGUGGUUCGAGUUCUACAUUUAGUCCUGAAAUCAGUAGUGGAGAUGGAAAAGAGUGUGGAGAGAAGGAGGUUUUUGGGGUCACAUCAAAUGGUUCCUGGGAUAUUUACCAUGAUAGCGGUUUUAAGGACUCUUCAAGUCGUGAAACUUCGGCCACGAGUAAGGAAGCUUGUGAAAAUGAUACUGAUGAACCGAUGCAAAGGAAUUCAAAUGGAUUUUGGAAGGAGGGUUCUUGUUCGGAAGGCAAUAACACAUUUCCCCAAUCUUUUUGUGGAUGUGAGAAGAUGAAUAUUGUUAGUUAUAAUGUAAAUAGUGUUGAGAAAUGGUUGGAAGAGCAGGGGUUUGGUAAGUAUGCUGGCGUAUUUGAAAUACAUGAGGUGGAUGAAGAAGCUUUGCCUUUACUUACUCUUGAAGAUCUCAAGGAGAUGGGCGUGCUCGCUGUUGGGCCUCGGCGGAAAUUGUACAAUGCAAUUCAAAGGCUAAGGGAAGGUGGAGAAGAGGUUUCUGUAUGACAAAAUUACUCAAUGAAAGAUACAGGUAAUACUGCUCUUUACCAGCUCUUUCAUAAAGAAAAAAUGUCACAAAUGUACAUGUAACUUUUGCAACUUUUAGCAUCUUUUUCUUUGUUGUUUUCUUUGUUUAUAACUCAUGCGAUGUGAUAGGCACUUGCUCUUCUAUACAGUUUUGUACAAUUAUGGAUAAUGGAAUGUGUCCGGCAAGGUUUUUUUGUGUGUUGCUUGGGGAAAGAUCAUAAAUUUUCAAAAUAGUUUAAUAUAUAUAUAUAAUCUCAAUUACCAUGUCUUGUAAAUGUUACUAGAUAAUAAAAAUAAUAUAAUGGGACUACAAAGUGAACAAAUUACACCAUUGAACACAUUUAAAAUAGUCUAAAUUGUUAAUAUUGUUCAAAAAAGUUCAAUGUACUACAACUUGGAGAGUUGUUGGGGACAAAACAUUUAGAUAGUUUCAAAAUAAACUUUGUAGGUAUAAAUUAAGUAUUAUUGUCAAAUAUUCUCCUAGUAGGCUAGCACUCUCAUCACCAUUCAUAAUAUGCUCUUCAACGUUCUCCUCCUCAACACCAUCUGGAAAAACUAUGGUUUGCUUUUUCUAAUAAUGGACAUUGACUGGCGGCUAUUGGAACUGAAAAUUAUAUGGAUUUCGCGUUAUGCGAAUGGAAAGUUUCUACAGAAGGAAGAGUCUUUCAAAUGCUUUAAAUUAGAGUUUGUGGCAUUUCCAGUCUUGGAAAUUUUAAAAAUCUAUUUUUCUUGAUAAUAUGGCCGUAAGCCAAACAUUGGUUGUUGCAACUUAUUUGUGUAUUCACAACAUCACAUAUCUUAAAAUUGUAACCAUUCAUUUAAUUUUAUAUACUUUAUUAAAAAUUUCAAACAGUAUCAAGAAUUAAAAAUAUUUUCUUGCAAGAAGAAAGCAUGAUUGCUAAGAAGCAGGACACUUCUAAGAAGGUGACGUAUCCGUGUCGUAUUAGUGUCGGACACCGACACUCUUUGGACACUCUUAGGACACGUGUUUGACACUAUUCAAAACGUGUCCUAUUUUUUAAUUUUUUUUAAAGAUCCAAACACUCUUUGAACACUUGGAGAACACAUGUGUCAAUCACUUAAACACACGUGUCUAUCGAUUAGACACAUGUGAAACUAAUUAUAAGCUUGAAUACAACAAUUUAAGAUAUAAUAAUAAAACAAAACCCAUAUAAAUUUAUAGAAAUUAGUGUCAUAUUGCAUUUUAUAUUAUAUUUGAAUGAUAUAUUUAUAUAUAUAAUAUAUAAUAAAUAUAUAAAAUUAUAUAUUUCAUGCGUGUCCCCCACGUAUCGUGUCUUGUAUUUUUUGAAAAUUAACGUGUCAGCGUGUCCGUGUCAUAUCCGUGUCGUGUCACGUGUCCGUGUUCAUGCUUCUCAGCAUGAUUGGUAUUUGGUAUUGUGGCAAGACUGAGCCAUUUAGUGGCUUGGCUGAUAUUGACUGAUAUAACGAGAUAUUUGCCAAUACUUGUUAAUUUAAUUAUUGUAUUGUGAUAUCAUAAUAGCUAGUGAGACUAAUAUGAUAUCAUAUGGUUGAUACUGCAACAUGUCGGCUGAAAUUUCAAAGACUGGUAAAAAACUUGAAAGGCAAUUGGAAAAUUGGACAUAACAUUUACUUCAGUGGUGCAUCCAUAACAAAAACAUCUUAACAACAAACACGUGAUGAGUAAAGCAUUUAUGUACCUUUAUGAUGGUGUCCUUUUACCAUGUUAAGCAAAUACGUCAUGCAAUAAUACGUUCACGGAUAAUAUUACUAAAUUCAUCAGAUCGAAUGGUUACCAUGACUAUUUCUUAGUUCUUUUUUGAGAACACACACGGAAAUAGUGCCUGUAGUGACUAAUCAGUUAUUUCUUUCAUCGUCCCAAACAUGCCAAUAUUGGCAGUGAUGGUAUGUAAAUGUAAUUCGUUGUUCAAACAGUCCCUCCCAUCUCUUGUUCUCUUUCGAGGUAUGUGAUAUAACUUUUGUGCAUAUGCUUUUGAAUUUUUUAGUUCAGCCUCUGUUCUGUGACUACUGUCUGCAAUCCUUCUUGUUUCCGGCACUAGAGUUUGACCACAGGCUGUUAUGUUUUUAAUGGAAAUUGUUAUUUCAAAAGAAAUGUGUAGAUUUUGCAGAGAUUUUUGUAAUUUUUGACAUGCAGGAUGAAUUUUAUGACUUUUCUGUUUUGAAUCUUUAGCUUACUUCAGUUAAAAACAAAAUUUUCAAAGCUAAAUACCAGAGUUUGCUGCCUUUAUUAGUUUGUAGCUAUCCUGGAAUGUGGAUCGUUUCUGUACAUGGAACGGGAUCAAUAACGUGGCACACCACAUUCUCUAAAAUGUGGUAUGAUAAGGUAGACUUGUUUAAGACUACACUAUUAGAUUUUAAGAUACUCCUAAUUUUCUUUUAACAAUUAGACAUCCAAUAAAAUGUUGCUUAUCUUUUUUAAAUUAAUCAUGUUACAACACAUUCUAUGAGCAUUAUUACCCGUUUUUAAUGUUUUGCCAUACCAAAACUAUACUCAUACUAGAUUUUGUCUAUUACAUUUGAUUUGUUUUUCCAGUGAAGGCAACUUUAAAGGUUUAUAUUAGAAAAUAGUUUUGGAAUCACUUUAGAUUGCCAAAUUCAUCGUUUUGGAACGAAAGUGUUCUAUGUUUUAGAACGUGCAUUCCUAAACGUAAAUUGCUAAGUAGUGUUUCCUGUUAACCCUUUUACAAAAUUCUAAAUCCAGCGAAAGAUGCAGUCUAAUCUUGAAUGUGAAGAAAGAGUUGAUCUUCCCACACUUUGCUCUUUCUGAAAAGGAUUUUCUUUCUUCUUAUUGGUUUUCUUGAAGAAAAAAAAUGAAAAGAAAUAGAUUCUUGUAAAAAGAAUGGUUAAUUGCACCUGAUUUCUGUGGAGCUCCUUUGCACACAUACAAUUAGUUUUUGCUUGUAAAGAACAUGUUGACCGGUGUAAUUGCUGCAUCAUCUUCUCAAGUUUUGGAGAAUGUUUCAUGUGCUUGUGCCCAGAAAUUUUUUGCAAAUGAAUCCAUUUCCAGGCCAAGCAAAAACAUGUGCACUACAGCUUAGUUGUGUGUCGUGUUAGUGGAUGAUGAAGCAUUUACUAAAUGGAUGACACGGUAAGCACUGACCAAGAUAAUCCUUAUCUGUUCUGGUUCCUUCGGUGCUCUAUUCCAAGUCAUUCAUAGACCUAGACCAAGACCAACCAUAUUCACAUUUGCUAAAAAUCUACUCCAAUGGUGAUGAUGACAAUAUGAACUUACUUGUUCCACUCCUUGGGGAAAGAGGACACGGAGAUCAUGCCUUCAGUUUCCAUCUCUGUAAUGGCAUAGCUCAAUCCUUCAGUUUGGAUUGUAUGAGAAUUAGUGUGCUUACUAAAUUUGAUAAUGUAAACAUUGAUAUGGAGGAAAGCGAAUCAAGUUUUUGUAUGAUAAAUUGCAAAGAGAUAAGAAGUUGUUUUUC